CCGCACAUGUUGCGUUAUGGUCAUCAUCUGAAUGCUUUACCGCUAAUCAUGUAUUUUGGAACACGAAUUGAUACAUGCAAUGCACUGUUACUUUCCCAGCUUGCCGAACGUCUAUUGGCCGCUCAACUGGAACGCAUUGAUGUGUUACAGGGCGAGGGUGACAAUGCCGAGCGGCGUCACCUUGGCACGUUUCGGUACUAUCUAGUACCACAAUUCGCCAAUAAACGUCUACGACUCCCACGAGUGUUUUUGUCUACUUCGGGCAACGAGACACUAGGCGGUUGCGCGCACUUUCAGACUCGUAAGAAGACAUACCGGAAGGCCGUCAACUCCGGUUAG